AUGUCGAACCGUUCCGACGACUCGUUAGAUCCGCUUUUCCACUACGAGCCGAGCCGUAUAGACGCUGAGGCGAGGGGUGCGAUGGAUUCUUCCGAGGCGUCUGCUUCGCCGAGCCGUUCUCACCGUCCAUCUGACGAGGCGUCAAAUGAUGAAAACCCAUCAGAUGUCGGCUCUCCGGAUGGCGAGCCGUCGGUUUCGACGAGCCGUCCCCAGGAUCCCGCUCCUAACGAGGGCAUUAACCGAGCCGCGCUCAAGGCCGAGGAGGAGGCAUUUCCCUUUGAUCUUUUCGAGGCGAAGCUUGAGUUGGAAUGCCUCCUGGCGUCCCGAGGUGCUUUCACAUCUGGGCGAACGCCGAGAGUUAAGAGGCAAAAACCCGACCCGCCUGGGUCUUCACUCUGCUCCCUUGAGUCACUCGAAGUGUUGAGGCAUCGCUUCGGAAUAUCCGAGGCGGUAGAGUUCGUUGUCCUAGAGAAAAGCGACCGCCCCGACAACCCUCCAGAGAAUCAUUUCACUCUGUACGAGGCGUUCUUCGAGCUUUGCUUCCUCUGGUUCCCAAUCCCCGGAGUGAUCCUCGAAUACCUUUGGAAACACGGGAUCUCGAUCGGGCAGAUUAUGCCGAGGGGACUGCGGCAUAUGAUCGGCAUUUUAGUCCGAAGCUUCGAAUGCGGUCUUGACAUUGAGCUGAACCACCUGCUGAACUUGCUGGAAAUCAGGAAGGCUCCGAAAAGAAACAGGUUCUAUAUUUCCAACAAGGCGAAACGACGGAUUAUCGGCGGUUUUCCCAGCAAGGACCAGCUCUGGACUGAACGCUUCUUCUACGUUUUAGUGAACGAGGUGUCGGUCGGCGAGGAUUACGUUUGCCGAACCAAGACCGCCUGGGGACCACUUGUUCGUUGCUAUCUUCCCCCGAUUCCCGACGAUCUGUUCACCGUUCGAGAUUCUCUUUCGGCGCGGAAGGUUAACUGGAGAAAGAAUUUCACCCUCGAGAGGGUAGAGAAGGCGCGAGCCAUUCUUGCAGGAGUUCCCGUCAGCUCUUCAUCCUCCAGCUCCUCCAGAGAUACCCGCGAAAAGAUGGUGAUCUUAACCCUCCGAGAAAGGAAGAGACGCGAACAGGAAGAAGCCGCUAGACGAGCUGCCGAGGCGGCUCGGGCGCAGGCCGAGGUGGUUCCGGCGCAAGCCGAGGUGGUUUCGGCGCAAGCCGAGGCCACCCCUCAAACCGACCCGCCGAACUGGGAUGAGACGACCCGAGCUGCGGAGGGUAAUACGACCGAGGUGGUCGAAAGAGAUGUGGCGCCCGAGGUGGAACAGGGCGAAAUUGUUCCCGAGGCGUCUGGGGGCGAUUCAGCGGUUCGGAACAAAGAGCCUUCGAACUCCGCUAUUCUAGCCCUCCCGAAGUCGACGAGGCCCCCGACUUCCGUCGUGCAGAAACACGACCCGAGCCGAAAACGUUCGGCUGCUGCUAAAGGGAAGGGGGUCGCUGUUGAGAGGGACGAGCCGUCCAAGAAGAGACGGAAGCCGACGUCUGGAGAAUCCGCCGCGCGCAAGUUGGUCGUCGAUGACCCCGACGCCUCCGCCAUAAUUUUCUCGCGUGGCGAAAUUGUUCCCGAGGCGUCUGGGGGCGAUUCAGCGGUUCGGAACAAAGAGCCUUCGAACUCCGCUAUUCUAGCCCUCCCGAAGUCGACGAGGCCCCCGACUUCCGUCGUGCAGAAACACGACCCGAGCCGAAAACGUUCGGCUGCUGCUAAAGGGAAGGGGGUCGCUGUUGAGAGGGACGAGCCGUCCAAGAAGAGACGGAAGCCGACGUCUGGAGAAUCCGCCGCGCGCAAGUUGGUCGUCGAUGACCCCGACGCCUCCGCCAUAAUUUUCUCGCGUGUAAAUAACGCGAACACGCGUCUUCCUCCUCCGGAGAAGUUGAGGAGGCCGAGGUCCUACGGCGCAAUGGCGCAGCGCGGGACCAAGGUACAUUCCAUUUUGCUUUCCUUUGCUUUCGUGAAUUUUCGCUAA